GCCAGAUAGUGCUGACAGUUUGCAGUGAUAGGACACGACCUCUGUAGAGAUACUACCGGAAUUUGGCAACACUGGAGCUCACCUUAUGUUGCAUCUUCAACAGCUUAGAGAUGAUGUGCCGGGAACUUUUAGAAUCAGAUUCCCGCUGGAAGAUGAAGAAGAUGGCAUCGACUCAGGCGAGGAUGCAUCAGAGGAUUAUUCAGAUCUUUUACUUCGAACCUAUUCUGAACACAAACAUCGGAGGCGGGAGGACGACUUCGGUUGUUGCUGGUGGAAGAUCGUAAGGAACUGUUUGUGUCCGUGGAUCGUACCUCGUCAACGAUUUGUCACAAGUACCUCCUCUCCUCGGGAAUACCACUUUUGUGACAGGAGGGGCCUUGACGAUCUGAUUCCGUAUUCUCGAUCGAACGUUCCCAGGCCACAAGUGUACAUUCCUCCGGCACAUCCCGUGGUGCCGAGCCCGCAGGUUCCACCUCAAAUCCAGCCUCAGAGAUGAUAACAAGGAAUGUAAUACUUCUGACUCGCCAUGACCGUUACAGGUUUGUGAUUCAUAUUACACAGGAAAUAAUAAUGUAUUUUUGUAUAAAAUGUCUGCUGUUUCUUGAAUAAAUUGUGUUUUAAUGAA